GUGACGUGCACAAACCUGUAUUACAUCCACCUGUGUCAUCAAGCUAAGAUCCUCCUCCACCCGCACCUGUCUUUUUGGGAAUAUAAAGGCUUCAAAACACCUUCACAGACAAUACAAAGACGGGAAGCAUUGGGACGCAUACAUCUAUAUACUGACAUCUCAGCACUUGGGGAAAAAGUACACCUAACAGGCACCAUGUCGAUGGGAAUGGAGAUUGGGGGCAUUGCCCUGGGCAUUAUCGGCUGGAUCAUUAGCAUCGUCGCUUGCGCCCUCCCUAUGUGGCGCGUCUCGGCCUACAUUGGCGCAAACAUUGUCACAUCACAAAACAUCUGGGAAGGUUUGUGGAUGAAUUGUGUUGUACAGAGCACCGGACAGAUGCAGUGCAAGAUUUACGACUCCAUGCUAGCACUGUCACAGGACAUGCAGGCUUCCAGAGCCAUGUCGGUCAUCGCAAUCAUCUUGGCCAUUCUGGGCGUGAUGAUCUCCAUCAUGGGUGCCAAAUGCACCAAUUGUAUCGAGGAUGAAGCAGCCAAGGCUAAAGUCAUGAUCGUCUCAGGCAUCAUGUUCAUUAUUGCCGGCAUCCUGGAGCUCAUUCCGGCAGCCUGGGUUGCAAACCAAACCAUUCGGGACUUCUACAACCCAUUACUAACCGAUGCUCAGAGAAGAGAGCUCGGGGCAUCAAUCUACAUAGGGUUUGCUGCUGCUGUUAUGUUAAUGAUUGGAGGAGCAUUGCUGUGCUGCACCUGUCCUCCAAAGGAGAAGAAGUACAAUCCACCUAGAAUGGGCUACUCCGCUCCACGCUCUGCCAGUGCUGGAUAUGACAAGAAGGACUAUGUUUAAAUAUUGGUUUCUUGUAGGAAAAAAAAAAUGAAGAAAAGAAGGAUUUGAAGAUCUCACACAAAGGGAGAUACUUCUGAAAGGACUCCGCAAUGAAGGGUCAUACGAUGCUGUCAAUAUUUGCUUUCCGUCUGACUGGUGUGUGUGUGUUUUAAGGGCUGGUUUCAUAGGUUUACUAGUCAGGUUUUUGUGUUCAUACAUUUCCUGUUUGAUACCAUUUUAUAUGCUGUUUUUUUAAAUGUGGCCAUUUUUUGUUCAACUGUUGUUCUUUUUUGCGUCAUUUGAAACCCAAAGGCAUAACUGGUGUCAAAAUGUAUUCUUUGCUCUGUGUAAGCAGACUUAAAUAAGCAGAGAUGUGCAAAUUUUUUCUAUCACUAAUGUAUGUUGACAGGAAGAGGAAGACUUUAGCUUUUUACAUGUAUUUGCUUAGGAAAAUUCCACUGGACACAGAAACGGAAUAUAUAUUUUGUUUUUACUUUUAGGUUUCAGUUGUGUCUAUUCUUGAGGACAUCAAGUUUUUUUCUGUAUAGUUCCCCAUGUUUUGUACAGUUGUUUUAUGAUUCAUUAAAGAAUGAAUGCAUUUUCUAAAUUUUCGUAACCAUUUAAGACUGUGACUAAUAUUUUUCAAUUGUAUUGCUUUUAUAUUUUCAAAAUUGAUUGUGUGGUAAAAUAAAACAGUACAAAAGCUAGUAAAUAAAACAAACGGUCAGUUAUAGCAAUAACAAUAGACUGUUGGAGUGGUUGUACCUGUUUGGCCCUUUGUUCUACAAUUGGGGCAGUAAUUUGAAUACACGUUCUGAGAGAGACCACUCAGCAUACAAACCUUAGGCAAGCUGUACUGUUUGCUAUUGGUGGUGUCAGACAGAUCCGACCAAAACCAGUCUGAAUAAAUGGAAAGGGGAUUGAAAAGUAUAUUUAUAAGUCACAAAAUGUUUAGUUUACUAUACGCAUAUAUGUCUGUAUUUAAUUCCAUUGUAAUUUCAACAUAACUGCAAUAAAAACAGAAUUCAUGCUCUAA